AUGAUAAUAACAAGUCAUCUUGAUGGUGAUAAACGAUGUCAUACAGGUAUGUUUACAUUACAAGUAGUCAUAAUCCGAAAUAUUAUGUUCAUAGGUGACAAUGAUGGUCAACUGAUAAUGUGUAUACCUGGAUGUGGAGGCACAGGCAAAUCGCAACUAAUUCGUGCUAUCACGAAAUACUUUUUUGUUACAAAAAGAAUGUACAUGAUGCGAAAGCUCGCACCUACUGGAAUUGCUGCUGCUGAAAUUGAUGGUAUGACAAUUCACUCAUUUCUUGGUGAACAACGUAAUUCACGAAAACCACGCACCAUCAAACCAGGUGAUUCAAAACUUGAGAAAGAAUGGAGACUUGUUGAAUAUCUCAUAAUAGAUGAGAUGAGUAUGGUUGGUUUAACUUUACUUGCAAAACUCAACCGGAUUAUUUCUGCUGGCAAACAUGUCGAUCCUCAAAUUCCAUUUGGUGGUGUGAAUGUUAUCAUUUUCGGUGACUAUUUACAAUAUCGGCCUGUAUAUGAUGUACCAUUACACACCGAUUUUUCAUUGUCUUCGAGAAAAAAGUCAAGUAAAUUACUUACUGAAAAAGAAAUCCAACAACGUGUUGCACGUUCUUUAAUUCUUCAAAUUAAUUAUGUGGUGAAACUUACUCAACAGAUGCGAACAGAAGAUUUGCAAUACCUUCAGCUGCUCGAGCGACUUCGUCAAGGACAAUGCACUUACGAUGAUUACGAAUUAUUACUGACACGUGUCGCUGGACAACCAUCGGUCGGAUCUCUAAAAGAACAUCCGUGGAAUAAAGCUCCUAUUCUUGUAUUUCGAAAUGAAGUACGAACACAACUGAACUAUAAAGCAGCGGUUCAUAAUGCAAAACAACUGAAUCAUUCACUAAUGGUAUGUGUUGCUCAAGAUACUUGCAAAGGAAGAACAAUUGAAGAUCAAAUACUCAUUAAAAAAUUAUUGGAAUUACCUGAUAGCAAGACAGAGCAUCUACCAGGUUUAUUACCAUUUGUUCCUGGAAUGCCUGUUAUUUUAACACAAAACAUUGCUACUGAACUGGGUCUUAUCAACGGCACGAGUGGAAUCUUUCGACAAUUAGUCUAUGACACUGAUUCUGUCUCAACAGAUAUGUUGUCAGAAGCAUUUCCGAACAAUACGCAAUACGUACAUCGACCUUUAUAUGCGCUAAUAGAACUUACUAGAUCAUCAAAAAUUGAAUGCAAUCUGGAACAACUCGAACCAAAUCUCGUCCCAAUACCGUUAAUGGAGCAAACUUUUCGCGUUGACAUUACUGACAUUCUUCCAAAAGAUAAGCGGAAAUCCAAGCAUAAAGCAAUUUUGUCAAUUAAACGACGUGCAAUGACACUUGUUCCUGCGUAUUGUAUCACGACACAUAAAAGUCAAGGUCAAACUUUAAAUAAAGUCGUGAUUGAUUUGAAACUACCAAAUGAUACCGAUGAUAUUGCUGCAGUGUAUGUACCUUUAUCACGUGUAAAACGUUUGGUAGAUUUAAUUAUCUUACGACAUUUCGAUUACAAAGUGCUUACGAUAAAACCAAGCAAAUCUCAACUUGCUGAAAUGGAGAGGCUUGAUAAACUUUAUUUAGAUACGCAAACGCGAUUUUCUCAAUGGUUUCAAUAA